CUCCGCUGGGGCUGCGCCUUUAAGCGACCGGGGGAGGCGGUGCCGCGCGGGGGCGGGUUCUUGCGCAGAGGGGCCGUUCGCUCCCUGCCGGGUGGGCAGGGGAGCCGCGGGUGGUCGCAGCCAUGGGUCUGCCCGUGCGCCGCCGACUGCCGGCGCUGUCGCUCCUCUUGCUGCUGGGAGCCGGCGGGCUGCGGGCGGCGGAGCGGAGCAGCAGCGCCAUGGAGGAGAUCGCCACGGAGAAGGAGGCGGAGGAGAGCCACCGUCAGGACAGCGUGAGCCUCCUCACCUUCAUCCUGCUCCUCACCCUCACCAUCCUCACCAUCUGGCUCUUCAAGCACCGCCGCGUCCGCUUCCUCCACGAGACCGGCCUGGCCAUGAUCUACGGACUCAUUGUUGGGGUAAUCUUGAGAUAUGGGACUCCUUCUACCAGUGGCCAUGAUAAACCAUUCAGCUGCUCACAGGAGAACCGGCCAUUCACAACCCUGCUGGUCAAUGUCAGUGGAAAGUUUUUUGAAUAUACCCUCAAAGGGGAAAUAAGCCCUGGAAAGAUCCACAAUGUGGAACAAAAUGACAUGUUGCGAAAGGUAACAUUUGACCCAGAAGUUUUUUUCAACAUUCUGUUGCCUCCUAUUAUUUUUCAUGCCGGGUAUAGCCUGAAGAAGAGACACUUUUUCAGGAAUUUGGGCUCCAUUCUGGCUUAUGCCUUUUUAGGAACAGCAGUCUCUUGUUUUAUCAUUGGGAAUCUCAUGUAUGGUGUUGUGAAAUUAAUGAAGUUGGUGGGACAGCUGUCUGAUAAAUUCUACUAUACAGACUGCCUCCUUUUUGGAGCGAUAAUAUCUGCCACUGAUCCAGUUACCGUGCUAGCAAUAUUUAAUGAGCUGCAUGCUGAUGUCGAUCUCUAUGCCCUUCUGUUUGGGGAGAGUGUGUUGAAUGAUGCCGUUGCCAUUGUAUUAUCUUCAUCUAUAGUUGCCUACCAGCCAACAGGUGAAAAUACCCAUGCUUUUGAUGCAGCAGCAUUUUUCAAAUCAGUUGGUGUUUUCCUGGGAAUAUUCAGUGGUUCUUUCAUGAUGGGAGCAGUGACAGGAGUUGUGACAGCUCUGGUGACCAAGUUUACCAAGUUGCACUGCUUCCCCCUGCUGGAAACAGCUCUCUUCUUCUUGAUGUCCUGGAGCACUUUCUUGCUAGCAGAAGCUUGUGGAUUUACUGGGGUAGUAGCUGUCCUCUUCUGUGGAAUUACCCAGGCACAUUAUACAUACAAUAACUUGUCAAUUGAAUCAAGAAGUCGCACCAAACAGCUCUUUGAGGUAUUGCACUUCCUGGCCGAGAACUUCAUAUUUUCGUAUAUGGGUUUGGCACUGUUUACUUUCCAGAAACACAUAUUCAGCCCAAUUUUCAUCAUCGGAGCUUUUGUUGCAAUCUUCCUGGGCAGAGCUGCACACAUCUACCCACUCUCCUUCUUAUUGAAUUUGGGCAGAAGGCAUAAGAUCAGCUGGAACUUUCAGCACAUGAUGAUGUUUUCAGGUCUCCGGGGAGCCAUGGCAUUUGCUCUGGCCAUACGAGAUACUGCUACUUACUCGCAUCAAAUGAUGUUCUCAACAACUCUCCUUAUCGUCUUUUUCACUGUCUGGAUUGUCGGUGGAGGCACAACUCCCAUGCUCUUAUGGCUGAACAUCAGAGUUGGUGACCAUGUUCCAUCGGCAGAAGAGAUGAAUGAAAGCCGCUGGCUGUAUUUCAGAGUUGGAGUUGACCCAGAUCAGGAUCCUCCACCUACUAAUGACAGCUUUCAAGUCUUACAAGGAGAUGGCCCAGAUUCUGAAAGAAGGAACAGGACAAAGCAGGAAAGUGCUUGGCUCUUCAGGCUAUGGUAUAGCUUUGACCAUAAUUAUUUAAAGCCAAUUCUCACUCACAGUGGCCCUCCAUUAACCACAACUCUGCCGAGCUGGUGUGGUCUGAUAGCCCGCUGUCUGACAAGUCCUCAGGUUUAUGAUAAUCAAGAACAACUUAGAGAAGAGGAUUCUGAUUUUAUUCUAAAUGAUGGUGACCUUACUGUGACGUACGGGGAUACAACAAUAACUGCUAAUGGUUCUUCUGGCCCCCAUACAGCUACUACUAGCCUUGACGGCAGGAGAACAAAAAGUAGUUCAGAGGAAGCACUGGAACAUGAUCUGGGAGCAGCAGAUCAUGAAGUUACAAGCAGGGGCACCCGGCUAGUAUUUCCUCUGGAAGACAAUGCAUGAUUACUGACUCAGUAAAAACAACUCUUGCUCUGUGGACGGAUCAAGGAAGACUGCAGGCCACUGUGUCACUUGAGGUGGGGAUGUUUAGUUAAACAAGUUAACACAUUUAAGUGGUUUUACUAUGGUCUGAAGAUGUCAAACUUGACCUGUUUUUUUUACUCGAGAUACUGACAGUGGGGUUUUCUAAAUGUCUUGAAAAUAGACAAAUGAGGAAACUGGUCAUUCCCCUCUCUCAAACCACAUAUUGAAUCUAAGUACACCAAGCAUGCUGCAAUUGUCUUGUUCAGCUGCAGCAGCAGCGGUGCUCUCUAGAAAGAGGUAUGUGAAAACAUUGUCAUAGACCUGAGCUUGUCUUGGUUUAGCUUGGGAAUGCAGGAGAAGAAAUAUAAACAAGAUGAUUAUUAUGAGAUAAAAGGGGAUGUAUGUGAAUUAUCUGAGUGUGGAGAGAUCCACUGUUAAUUUCUCUAGUGAGCUUGAGGAAACUAGACAUAAAAUGGGACAGUAUGCUUUAGGACUACAGAGGCAUGAAUGCAACACUGUGGGGAAUUUGUUACUACAAGCUGUACUUAAUGUAUUUCAGGGAAAAAAAGGGAAAAUAGAUUUCUUCACUGGCCAUGUGUUUAGAUAGGAAGGCAAUGAGAGCUGUUUGUCCCUUUAACUUCAGACAAUCUGACUAUUACCAUUAGCCUAACUUAUAGUGCCUCAAAAGAAAAGCAUCUGACAUCUUGUGGUCUAAUACUUACCUGACCUGACACAAGCCUGCAGCCAGGCUGUUUUGGGUAGAAAUAAUGAAGUAAAACUUUCCCUCCCCUAAGGCUGUUAAAAAGCAGAUGGAGACAGUUGGAAACCUGUCUUGGGCUUGGGAAAACAGCUGACGAUAAUUAUUUAAAAAAACAGAGAGAGAGAGAGAGAGAGAGAGAGAGAGAAGCAGUAUUGAACUUGCAUGAAACCAUGAGGUUUCAUAUUUCUCAGAAGUAUCCAUAGACUCUGCUUACAGUUUUUGCGUGAUAAACAGAAAACAUUUAAUUAAAAGGACAAACAAAUACUACUGUCUUUACCAUUUGUGAUUAUUUUAAAAGAAAGGUGUUUAUUCUUGUCCUCUUUGGCAGAGUAGAUGUGAAACUUCAGUGGGGCAUUGCACAAGAAUAUUUAAGCUGCAGAAAUGACAAACUGUAGUAUCAUCUGAAAUGUGAAAAGGGAAAAAUCUUUGCCUAGUAUUUAGCCCACUUAUAUGUGGGCUAGCUUUAACUUGUUGCUAAAUGCUUUCUAAUUUCCAAAUCAGGAGAUAUCAUUGUCUUUGCCAAUAGCUGAAAACUGUUACACUUUGACUAGCGUUCAGCUAUUUAAAGCAUGCUAAAAUGUGAUUUCAUUCUCAUGUCUCAAAAGGUUUUUUAACAGUUUUGUGGCCCACUAAUGUGAUGUAAUACCAGUUUGUCUAAAGUGUGUUUUUCUUGCUGCCGUUUCAGUUGUUCCUCUCAUAAAACUGUGUGUGAGUAAAUAUCCACUCUGUUUUUCCUUAACUAUUAAAUGUAAUAAUGAGAACUUCAAUAUCACAACUUACUGCUGCAGAGAAAUAUUGCUGUCAUAUUGUCUAGUUUGCUUUCUUUCAAAUGUAUUUUCUAAUGACAGUGAUCUACCUCCUUGUCUGUCCCUCCAAGGUAACGUUUUAAAGGAUAUUGAUCUGUAAUGACUGUCUAACAUAUUAUAAACAGACACCAAGAGAUUAGGAGCUUUGCUUUUUUUUUCUUUCUUUUUUUUUCUUUCUGGUGGAAAACCAGGAUGAGCAAUGUGGUCUGAGCUCUGUUCUUAAAUAGCAAAGAGUAGCAAACACUCAUGAAAAUCCUGGAACAGAACAACUCCUUUUCUGUUCUCCUGUGGCUCCAAGAAUGGCAAAGCAGAUAGCAGUGAUGCACACUCUAUUUAUACUGUUACCAAGGCUUGACUUUUUUUUUUUUUUUUUUUUAAGUGCUGGCAGUUCAAAAAAUAGCUUCCUCCUAAAUUAUGAAAACAAUUGCAUUUGUUUUGGACAAUUCUAACUCUUUGGAACCUAUUCCUGUCCAUGCUGAAUGAGGACUUAGGACAUCUAGAACAAUGAAUGUGAGCUAUUAGCUAAGUCGUAUGAACCACCUUUUUUUGGUUUGAGACCGUGGAACGUAUCCAAGAUAAAUGGACUUAAUGCAGCGAGGCAAACCUUCCCAUGCAGCGUGAGGCUGAAACUUACUGAAUCGCUUUGGCAGCGAAACAAGAGCCUUCUGCACAGCUACAGAUCUGUCUGUUCUUUGAAGGAAAGAUCACGUACGUGUUCUGGAAGCAGAAAUUGUUUCAUUAGCUUCCUCAGGAAGACUAAGCCUUUUGGUAGCAUCAGAAACCAUCCCAGUACAGAUGCUUCUCCAUAUGCGUUCAUAAUUCCUCUAGUGGGGAUAUAAGAUUGAAUGGAAUUCACCAGUAAGCCUGGAAAGGGGUUGUGAAAGAACAGCUAAAGUUGACAUCAGCCAUUGGCAAGAGGUGAGGAAUGUAAUAUUCUAACUUCAUAUUCAAAAAUUACUUGUAAUGCUUGUCCAGCAAUCUGAGAGGCCCAUAAACACAAGUAUCAUUUUCAUUCAUAUUUUAAAAUAAUGAAUUUCAUUCAUUGUUUUUAAUCUGUUUUCAUUUUAAAUCUUCCAAAUUGGACUUUACUGUGAACUAAAGGUAAACAUUAGCCGCCUUCCUGCUGACAGUGAUCUUUAUACAAAAUUCCUGAAAAAAGAAAAAAAAAAUCUGUACUGAAACACUGUAAAUUCACUAACUAGUGCUCUUUGAUAGAUCCUUUUUUGCAUAUAUCAGUUUCAAAGAACAGUUUACUGCUUUUAAUUCCUUUCCAAUAAGAUCCUGUGAUGAUGAGGCUGGAACCUGACCUAACCAUACAGCAGACGUAUUUCUUCUAACUUGGAGUUUUUGCAUAGAAAACACAGCUUAAAUUUGCAAUGAGCAGCAAAAAAAAUAAUAAAUAUCAGUAUCCCUUUCAAAUGAAAAGAAAAGUUGUAAGAUAAGGGUCUUAAUUGAAAAAAAUACUGCUAUACUAGCCUAGGUUUUUACAGCUUACAUGGUUGUCCCUCAUAUUUGGGACUGAGUGACUUCUACUUUUAGUUCUUUGCUUAUUACUUCAUGAACUUACUGCUGAAAAACUGCACCUGAAGUGGCCAAGGAAUGUACUUAUUUAUUGAAGAGUAACACUUGUGUCUGGAGAUUGGCCAGAUGAAGUUUCUAGUUGUGUUUCAGUACCUCAUAAAAGCUAAUACUGACAGUGAAGCAAGACUGUUUUGCAGUUGCUUGAAAUCCUGUACAAACAAGGCUUUCUAAUUUAAUUGUGAGUGUUAAAGGCCACAGCAGUACACAAGCAAUGCACUAACAUCAUAUUUAAACAGACAAAGAACUUAUCUAUACCUUGCUGUGUAUCCAUCUCUAAUGUUUUGGGAGAAAAUUAGAAAUGUCUUUCAUUUACAGAAUUUGGAAGGAUGUGAGAAUUAUCUGGAAAACCUUGGCUUUUUGUGCUUUGUGUGCUAGUUAUCUUUUGAGAGUAAGAAAUGAGCAUGUUUUGAGUCACCUGUGCAAUACUGCACAACUUUUGUGCAAGUGACAGUUGAAUCUCUUAACUUCUGCAGGAUUGUGGGCCUUUAAAUACCAACCUUUAUCAGUGAAAGUUGAAUAGCUAUUACAGGAUUCAGCAACUAUCAAGAAAGAUACAGGAGCAGUCUCAUUAUAAAGGCACAGGCAUAACACCAGGUUUCUGGGGUGCUGUGCAUGAGAGGUGUUCAAAGCACAGCUUCCACUGACUCCAGCAGUAGCUCUGAGUAUGCUGAUCUCAAACCAUCAAGUUAUCAGAAAGGAGGAACAUUGACAAGUGUGCUUAUGCUACGCAGUUCAGUGCUAUGCAGAGAUAUCUGACUUUUUUUAAAGCAGGGAACAAUAUAAACUAUCUACUCUGAAAAAAUACAGAGACUGAGCAAGAGCGAAGUAUCAAAGACCUAAUACUUGACCAAAGUUGGCGCUGUUUCAAAGAUAUGAGCUUUUUGGCCUAUGAAAGUGCCAAAAAAAAUUACUAUUUUUUUGAAUCUGAAGGAAUUCCCUUUUGGAAAAGGAUUGCAGAAAUUUAAAUGGAGAAAAAAGAAUCUAAACUUCUUUGGCUGAUCUUCCAAAGAACUGAUCAGAGGCAAAUACAUAGUAAUGGUUAAAAUGAUGGCUAAUACUAAAAUGAUAGCUACUACCACUUUUACACAGGGCUAGGGGAAUGCCUUCUAGUAGGAAACUGCCUAGCAACCUUAGCAGAUAGCAUGAGCAGUUUAUCCUGUGAUUUUAACUGUUACAAUCAGAAAGACUAUUUGUACACAGGAGUUGAAAGCUUGGUCUUCCUGUAUAAUUUUAACUUAAUUUGAACUGCAUUCUCUCUUCAGACAGAAAUUUCUUAACUGUAAUUCUGAAGGGUGAAACACUAGCCACUAAUAUCCUUCACAUGCCUUUCAAAGUAAGGUUCAGUGUUUCUUUUAGCUCUGUGUGAAGUAGUGCACAGGAAUAACAUGUUUGACCUCAGUCUUGGCAGACAUGGUCUCUGCUUCUGCAUGAGUGUGGGAAUGGAAUUUGAGUACUCUUUAAGUUUUAACUUCACAUGCUUUUCUUUAAGAUGGAGGUUAGGGGAUAACCUUUGCAGGGAACAACUAGAGCACUUACAGAUGCAUCAGCAGGGAGUAUUCCUCUCAAAUACUGAACUCAAGACUUAUAAGCAAGGGAGGAUAAACCUUCACCAGGAGGCCCAGAAUAUCCAGCAGGAAAGAAGGCAGCAAAUACCCAAACUGGCUGCAUACUGUCUUGGUCACAAUUAGAAAGUAAGAGCAGAUCAGUAGCGUGAACAUGCUCCUAAGAGAAAAACAUGUCAAAAAAGUUUUUCAAAUGUCCCUAUAUUGAAAAAUGCUGUCCUUGUAAGAAGGCGCUUAUGCAAACCUUAUUUGCAGUGUAGUAGGAGGGUCUGUCUUCUCAAGUUUGGGGAGGAGAGCUUCUCACUGCACAGUGAGAAACCACGGAUACCUCUUGGCCUGGAAAUUUUUGGAGUGCCCUUCUGAAAAAUAAAGUUCCAGUAGAAAUAUGCCUGCAAAGUGAAAGAGAAGGAAAGUUUGGAGGAAGUAAUGAAUUACAGAGCCAAAAAAUGGCUUAAGCAGGCAGCUUUACUGUGGGAACAGUGUUGUAAACAAUGAUGCUACUCUUAAUCUUGCAGUCUUAAACUCUGGGAAGUUUUGUGAACUUCUGCAGACCUUUUCCUACGAUAAGGGUAAUGGGUAUUGCAAAAGUAAUUAGAAUUUUCCCCCAUCCUAAUUUUAUGACAAAAUAGAAGGCUUUAACAGGGAAACAAUAGUCCAGAGCAUGGAAAGUGACAUUGAACAAUUUUUUUUUUUUUUAAUAAUCUCACUCCACUACUACACUUUCUUGAAUCAGAAAAGCCUUUUGUCAAUUUGAAUGUAGUUCUAGGGUAACAGUAGUCUGGCAAAUACCAAAGUGUAUUUCAACAUGUGCGUAUGCACAAAUGUGAUAUAAAUGUAGGGCAAUCAUAUUUGAAUCUGUUACACAGACAAAUGAAAUUCCAUAUGUUACUUUGAUACUUUAAUUUAUGCAAGUUUUUGCUGUGGAACUUAGCUGUGAUGGAUAAAGUGAUUAAAUGCUAGAAUCAGUUCAGAUUUUUCAGAAAAUAAAAUGACCUAUCCAGUUUAGAUGCUUUAUCCAAUACACCAUUAUCUUAUGCUACUUUUUUUAAUCAUGAACUAUUAUGCACCGCUCAACAUGGACUUGUAGACUUCCAAAAUACCAUUGGGUUUGCAGUUUUAUCUAUAGACUGAAAGUGAAUGGGGGAUGCAUAAUUAUACUAUGUGAAUUCUUAUAGUAGAGGCACAACUCAUAAUUGUUUAGACUAGAAUAAAGGAUUUCCUGUCCUGCCCACACUGUCUACGUCAGGGACCUUGAUGGCAUAGAGAAGUGUCAGCAGGGAGGGAGAGAAGCACUGUCCUUUCAAAUAGCUAGCUAUACGGGCUGGGUAAAGCUCGUGCCUCUCCCAGGCUCGCAUACUGUUAGCACAGAGCCAGGAUGGAAAGAUUUAUAUUGGUGCAUGUAAAUGAGUAGCAAUCUUCAUUCUGGAAGAAUUUAGAAGUUUGGGUUAGUUCUAACUUUUAUUGACAUAAUGCUUUUUAAUUAUUAUUUUUAUUAAAACCUCAAGUUUCUUGCAUUUUUUAACCUUUGACAGCUUGAAAGCAUCCCAUGUAAAUACAUUUGAUAGGCAUUUAAGGAAGAGAGAGGGGGAAAAAAAGGCAGAAUAAUCAGACUUCAUCAUCUUUGUGCCUGAGCACAAUGACAGAACUAUGCUAGAGCGCUAUCUGAUGCACAUUCACCUAAUUAGAUAGAAAUAAUUGGAAAUACUACACUUGUUGGUCACUUCAUGGUUAUUGGAAAAAAGCAGACUUGAUUUCCCUCAGAGAAAGUGAUGCGCACCUUAAAGGGUUUUUGCUGCAAUAUUAAAAAUAAAUCCAGUUUAUUUCUCAUAGCCUAAAGUAUUUUAACUAGUAGAGUCUCUGAAAGUGUUAUUGCAGAGGCAGGGAGAAGUAGGUCAUGCAGUUCCAUAUUAAAACAUAUUCUUGAAAUUUAUUUCCAGAUUUUAGUUUAGGCAAGGAGGCUAUCAUCCACUUUCUGAUUUUAAAUUUCAGUCCUAAAUUGCAUGACUGAAUGUUUUAAUAUUGACAUGUUUUAAUACCAGAAAGCAGAAUACCAGAAGACAUUCUUCUAGAUCAUAAGAUAUACAAGUCAUAAUAAUUGUGAAAUCCCAGCUUCUGGCACAAGGGGUCAUUUAAGGUGAGAGUUUUAGUCUGAUUUUAGUUUGGCCUAUCAGAAGUGCAGAAAGCGAUAUGGCCCUUGGCUGGCUUCAGUGGAGCAGGGAAAAUGUAAACCAUCUAAGAAUGUUCCAAAUUUGCUUUUUUCUUCUUCCCUUUAAGGGAAAUCGGCUUCCGUGAAUUGCAUUUACAGCUAUAGGAUGCAGUGUUCCUGGUGUUCUGUGUAUUAGUCCUGAUGUAUUCAUAAUGCACAAAAGCAGAAGCAGUAUUUUAUCUGAUUUUUUUAUCAGUCUACCAUUCUCAGAACUCUUAAGCUGUUGUGAUUUAAGAUAGCAUAUCAGUAAGGUUGUAGGAGGUGUUUUAAGGUUACCUCAAACAUAAAAAUGCACUAGAUAUCCAGAGUACACAGUGCUGUCCAGAAUAAGACUGCUACAGUAGGUGUUUUGUCCAAACAUUUUUGUAACUUCUGUUUCCUUGUUACCAAAGCACCUAAAACUUGUCUCAUAUGAUAGGUUCAAGCUGGGGGUGGGAGAAGUGCUUUACUGGGGAGGGCCAUACUGUAUUAAGUCGUAUCCUUCCUUGAGAUAGUGUUUACCUCUUGUGUGGGAGAAAUUUGGUGUUGCUGAUUUGUUCCUCCCCUUUCCCCACCAUGCUGAAGUAAUUACGGUAGGCAGGGCUUCAGUAAAACUGGAACAUAACAGUCUCGCUAGUGAAACAUCAUCUUCAUGGUGCUGACAGCACAGCAACAAUCUUUCUGAUAGUUGCAGUUUAAGCUGUGAGAAUUUAGGAAGGACGAUAACUUUGCAGUUUCAGAGUUUGGUUUUUUGGUUUUAGCUUAUUAGUGCAGUUAUAAAACUCAGGUGCUCUGAACCUCUAGUUCAGAAGCUCAGUAUUUUAGUGACAUUAAAUAGCAAUGGAUUAUUGUUUAACCAAGAAAAUGGAUGGGGAAGAGAGCAAAAUCUUAAUACUGGGCUUUCUGCCCCUGAUUUAUGUAUGUAUUUAAAUAAACAUUCAACUGUGUGGACAGACAUUGCUGUAAUUUCACCUGUUAAGGCCUCAUCCACUCAUUCCUUUCUAAAGAUAUGAAAUCCAAGUGCUGCAUGGAGCUUCUGCUCUGUUAACGAAAUGUUUCAGGAGAGGUAUGACCAUAAAGAUAACUAUUCUAUGUCAGCAAAGUACUGUCUUUACAUUUCUUAUAUAAUAUUAACUUAUUUUGCAUAGAACUUGUAGUCAUUGAGAAGCAGGCACAGUAUUACUGACUUCUGUAGAGUUCACUGUUUUGCAUGGGGUUAUCCCAUUAGCUGAACUUAAAGAACAAAUAAUACAAUCAUGUUCGUUAUCUGUACCCAAGUCAGAAAUGUAUCGUAUCUUCUUACUUGAUCAGUAGUAGUGCAAAACUUACUGUGGCUUGACACACACAUAUAUAAAUUCUUUAUUACAGUAUUUCAGCUCAGACAUGAGAAGGGCUGAUAAUGGCAGGUCAAGCUAGCCUCAAGGCAAAACUAGCAACUUAUCUUACAGUAUAGGAUUUGGAUUCCCAUCCUUAAAAUGGGAUUAAUAUGAUUCCCACAUGGGAGGACCUAACAAUUGCUCUGAUACCCUUUUAUUUUAGGAAGGGCUGCAAGCUACAACUAUAAGCUCUUACAAAUCCUAAGAGCUACAAAUACACUUCUCACUUCUGUACCAGGCAAAUAGCGAAAAAGUAUUAUAUUCAGGUAUAAAAUGUAGACCUGUGUCAAUGUGGCUGUGAUAGAGAGGAGUUAUAACAUGUAAAUCUACUAGUUGUUAGUGAAUGUGAAUGACAAAUGAAUGACCAUGCAGACAAAGGAGCUCUUGACAGUAAACUUGAUUUUUCCAAUAAGCUAUUUGAAAAUUUUUCCCCAAGAACUCCUAGCUCAUGUUAUCUUAGUUCUUUAAGAGAACAAAUCCAUCUGAAUUAAUAACUGACCAUUUAUUCUUGGUUGUUUUUUAGCUUUUUACCAGUUUUCACAAUGGAAAGAAGUUGCUAGCAAUGUCAUCCAGAGGUUUGUGCUGCUGGAUCUGGAGAAGGGAGUGAGCAGGAAGACGAAAAAUGUGUGGGAGUUUCAGUUAUUCAGGAUUAUGAAACCUAAGGUUGACUGAAAAAUGUGGAGUAGUGCUUAGUGAAAAGCACCCUAAAUUACACAUAUGUGAUGGCUUCUUAAUAGCGGUUUCUCUUUAAGAAAGAGCUUAAAACCAUUCUGAUUAGUUUCCAGAAAAUACCAGGAAUGGCUAAAAAAGAAACAAUGUUGGGAAAUGAAGUAUAAGUUUAAAUUGAAAACCUUAUGCUGCUCUAUAAGUCCACCACACGUCCCUACAUCCCAUGUAGCUUUGGUCAUCUUUGAGAGGACAUAAACCAAAAAGGCACAGAGCAGGACAAAAAGGUAGCCAGAAAGACGGUGCAAUUUCCAUGUGAUGAGUAAAUACCUGGGUUGUUUCAGCUUGGUAAAAGAGAUGGCAAAGGAAGAACUGAUACAGUUUUGUAAAACUACAAAUGGUAUGUAAGCAAAGGGCAACAGGGAAUGAUGAUUCACCCCUUACUAAAGCAAAAGUGAGGUAACCUGUUGGUGGUAACCAGCAGUUCAAAUGCAAAGGCAAUAUUUUUAUGCUACACAAACUGUAUUGCUGUCACAGGCUGUGUGUUCAAAAGCAUAUGAACAGUUUCAAAAUUCAGCACUUCUGAAAGACCAAAUGCACUGAUAGCCGUUAAACACAAUCUGAAUGCAGCCUCUGCCUUAGGCAGUCCCUGAGUAACUGAAAAGUUGGGGGAAGGGCAACCACACAGCCUACUGCUUUUACUCUUCCCAAAACAUGUACUACUAGCCUAAGUCAAGGGCUGGGACAAAAGCUGCUUGUUCGGUACUGUUCAAAGCUGUAAGGUAUCAGUUGCUCUGACUACCUGUUUGGUGAGAUGGUUGAAAUGAAACCUUAUGAGUAUGAUAUUGCUUGACACUCUAAUUUUCCUUAGUUAUGCAUUUUACAGCAAAAUCACACUUGUUUCAGGGAAAUUGAGUAUUUUUUGUUACUGUAGUGACCAGUUAGUUCUGUAAUUACUUUUCAGCUUAAAGAAAACUGGAACCCACAACUCCAGAUAAUUGUUUUCCUUGCACCUUCAGUUUUUGCCAUGAGACUGCUUAAGAAAUUUGUGCUUCUUGGUAGUGUAAGAGACAAUGGAUUUAGCUUUACCAAAUCAUUGGCAAGGCUUUUGUUAACAUAAUCAUGGUCCUGUUAUGGCCAAUAUGGCCUUUCUUUUAGCAGAGACAGCCUUCCCUCUUCCCAUUGACACAAUCUGAGGGUUUCCUGUACUUUGUGUGAAGUGAGUCACUUCAGUAGCUUUUGAAGGUAGUAUGAACUGGAGUCUGCAAAUCCAGGCAUGUAAUAUUACAGUUCCAGUCAAAGGAGAUGAAACCUAUUUUAUGCUAUUUUUGUUGCCUCAUUUCCUUGAAGAAGAGUAGCUGAAAGCAGUGUUUCCAGUCAUUAGAGUUGCUGCAUUUUGACUGUACUUCUUGUCCAUCUCAGUCAACAAAUGAGAUUUAAAGUGACUGGAAAAUGUUUUAGAAAGAAGUAGUUCUUGAUCCUUUACAGCUGUAAAGUUUGGCUGAGGUGCACAGGUGCUCUACAUCUGGGAGUGUAAACUUCACUUAGCAGUUCACUAUCUCAUUGUGCAAAGCAGGUCGCUGACAAGGUAGUGCAGUUCCCUCUUUGUUUUGAGAGAGAGCAAACCCAUCCCUUUCACUGAAGUUGAUCUGACAGUCAAGAAGGGAAGCUCUGCAGUAAAUCUGAAAGUAAGAAAUGUAUUGGGGUUUCUGUAAUAAGCAGGGUUUAGCAUUUGUGAGAACACUUGAAAGCUUGUAAUCAGGUAAGUUAUGCAGUGCAGAUCUGUUAUUUAAUGAAAAGGGAGGCACUUUGAUAAUAUUAUCAAAGUUAUCUUGGAAAAUGAAGACCUAAGAAAAUUACAGCUACUUCCUGCCUACAACUACAGUGUCCCUUUAUUCGGGAAGCCUAAGAAUUGAUGCUUUUAAUGUUACUUUCAACUUUUUAUAUUCCGUCCAAAUAAACCAUCCUUCUGCUGUGCUUUCGUAAUACAUUUUUCCUCAAAGAUUUGGGAGCUUCCUUCUCUCAAGUUCUCUCUGACUAAAAAAACUUUUAAGGGUACUCAGAUAAUAAACUUUCAGUAUGCUGACAUCGGCUGAAUACUUGAACAAGAUCAAACAAGGGUGGAGGAGAAGUAAUGGUAUGAAAUGGUGAUUCAAAUUAAACUCUAAUAAAAAGCUACAGAAGUUCUGCGCACAAUGUCAGGCUUUCUUUUUCCCAGGCAUCCUAUGUAUUAUUGUAAUCAAUAAAGUAUGUUUAAAUGUUUAAUCAAAUAACUUAGCUUCUGCAAGAUAACAUAGGUGUUUUAGACUCUGAAUUCAGUGUUUUGAAAGAAACUGUAUUUUGUUAAUCAUUUACCUCAUUUUCCCUAAUGAAGAGUGGAUCACAAAGUAAUAACAGUUUAUUCCUGCUAUACUAAUCCAUGCACCAAGACAAAGUGGUUUCUACAAUGCACUUGAAGUAACAUGAGCCAUGUGUUUUUGAAGAUAAGAACAAAAAGUUUUCUUUAAAAAGAAAAAGUGUAAAAUUUCAGCUCUCACUCAAAUUUGUUUAGUGUAAUGCUUGAAACUGUGACUUUUCCCAAAUACACUGUUUAAGUGUUCUGAGCCAUCUGAAUAAUGAAAUAAAAUUAUCAAAUCCAUCUCUAUUAAAAAACCUUAAACAAAAACAA